GUCCAUGGCUCAUCAUGACAGUAGAGCCAGUCAUCACAGGGCCUUUUGAAACGGGCCCGAGGAUGUGACUUGGAGCUUUGUUGCGUCUCCUCUCGGCUCUGCUUUCCAUACAGGGGCGGGGUGCAGCGCUCCAGUCCGGCGCACCGUAACCGACUGCUGCUCUGCCUGCACUGCCUGUCCCGUCUGAGCGCGCACAAACAACAUGGGUCUGGAGAAGGAAAAAUCGGACAUCAGCAUAAUCAUGGACGAAGACGAGUUCAACAGGUCGAUAGAGCCGAUGCUGUCGAAGAAGGGGAAACGCACGUACGUGGCGGAGCCGGACCGAGAUCCGCACGAUAUCAAUGCGCACUUGAAGGUCGGCUUCGGGGACGUCAUCGCGGAGCCCGUCUCCACGCACAGCUUCGACAACGUGUGGAUAGCGAGCCACUUCGCGUUUGAGGUGGUCAAAUUCUUCUUUUACCGCGUGCUGACCACGCUGCUGGCCGUGCCCAUGGCUUUCAUCCUCGGACUGGUCUUCGCGGUGCUCAGCUGCAUCCACAUCUGGUUGGUGAUGCCGGUGAUCCAGAGCUUGGUGAUGCUCUUACCGUCAGUCCAGGUGGUGUGGAGGAGUCUGACAGACAUGAUCGUCACGCCGCUCUUCCACAGUAUGGGAAAGAGCCUGUCAUCCGUUCAAGUGGAGACCACCGAGUACUGAUGCGGACGCCUCUCUGUCCCCCUGCGGAGAAAGAAGUGUCGGACAAAAGGCGUGACUGAUGCUUGUGGUGGAAUACAUGAGCUCUUUAUAAAGUCAAAGGUGAAACCCUGAAGAGUGCCGCACAAAGUACUUACAACUAUAAAUUCAUCAGCCCAGCGCCAGGAAAAAAAUGUUUCUGCAAACGUUGAAUGUGGGCGUUUAUGCAUUCGGUCAGAGCAGGUGACAUCAUACAGCAGCUACCAGUAUUUAAAGUUACAUGGUGUGAAAGUUACAGUCCAAUAAGGGUGGAUGGAUGGGUCAAACAAACACAAGACUUUCACCCAGGAGACCACUGUGUCCGUGUCAAACCAAAAGUAAACUAUGGUUGUUACGCAACAUUAUGCUAAUGGCGGUUGUUACGGUUGUAAUGUCAUUAUUUUAACAAUAACAAAUGUUUUUUCUAACCUUAACCAAGUCAUUUUGUUGCCUAAACCUAGCCAACCGUUUCACUAUGUUAAACACGUGUCAUUGUGCAUUUCUGCUGAUAUGUAACGUACAAUGUUUGGGUUCAGAAACGUAUCCCGUUGUUUACAGAAACAUUUAUUCCUGACGACUGGGUUGAAUUUAUUACAACGAUAAAUAAAAGAAUCAGGCUUAGUAAGCAUUAAGUGUGAUUUUGAUCACUUGCGGGUAAAAGUCUUCAAAGCUGCGUUAAAUUUUAAAAAGCGACAUCUGUUUGAAUAUAUUUGAAUGUUUAGUGAGGACUUGAUACACAUUGAAACAUAGCGAUUAAAUGCUGUUAAAACAACAGCUACACCUGACCUAGAAAUCCUAAAUAACACACUUGCACUGGUUCAAGACAACAGGCCUUCAUGUCGUUUAAUCUGCAAAUCAACAGGGUUUAUAGUCACAUCACAUCAGGAAAGUAGAUGUUCCUGAAACCUUUUGUGACUUUAUGAAAAGCUCAUGAGCACCUCCCAAAAUGGAGUUGUUGUGACCAAAAGGACAAAAAUAAUUCUUGUCAUUCCAUUAGUUUGUGGCCGAGAGAGCCGUGGGAUCAGCAAACUGCUGACUUGCUGAGACAUGUAAUAUUUCUGCUUUUAUCAUAAAUUGUAUAUAUUGCAAGUAAUUCAGCUCGAGGUUGAAUGUGUUGAACUGAAUCAGAGUCUGAGAGGAGUUUGUAUGAAUAUUAAAUGCUAAGAUGCAGCUUGUUGCAAAUGUCCAGGCUUAUUUUACUUUAAUCUGCUGUGUUGAUUUCACAGUGCAUUGGUUAUGAUAUUGGCCAUUUGCUUUUACGCGGACGUACGAUAAACUAUACGCAAUAGAGUUGUUUUAACAUGUUGGAUACUUUGCUUCCUAAAUCAUUAUUUACAUCUGCCGCCAUCUAAGAACUUCACUUGAGUGAAGGACAGCAUGAUAAAGGAGUUUGCUACAGCGCUGCUAGUUAGCAGGCCUGGUUUAAUAUUUCUACAGCCAGAGGGGAUCAGACAGCAGCGUGAUUUAUAUUUUUUUGCGGUGUAGUUGAUAAAAGUUGAUCUUAAGGUACAAAGCCUGCACGGUUCGCACUUGCGGUACAAUCUGAUAUUUAGAAGGCGAUAUAAAGAGAGGAAGUGUGACAGUUAUGGAGCCGAGUGUUGGGAACGUACUUAUGAAUGCAAACCCACCUCUGAUAACCAAACACACACAACAUCCUUUUUGCUCCCGAGAAACAUCUGGCUGUGCCACUUUCGCUAGAAGCUAGUUGCUAGUUGCUAGUUGCUAGUUGCGGUUUAUCAGAGCUUGUUUUUCUGAAAAUGGCCGCCCGCUGCUUCUGUGGGCAUAAAUCCUGUCAUAAUAUCUAGUUGGUUAUCAUCCAUAUUUUCCAGGUAAAUGGGGAUUAAAUCAAGUGGGAUUAUAGCUGUAAGUAACACACACCUACACGUGACUCAACAUUGCACCGCGAGCCAACACGCGGCAGCUCCUACCUCCGACAGCAACACGUGAUCUGGACGUGGCGUUUUGUUUUUCCAGCUGACAAAAUGAAUGGCAGCAGUUCUGUCGGAGCUUUUAAAAUCCUUUCACAGAAGUUGGACCGCUGACAAGCUGCCAGCCAACGUGCUUGUGUUUACCGGAGAUUCACUGUAGGGUUGUGCAAUAGUGGAAGACGCAGGUGUCGUGUGGACGAAGCUUUUUCUCCCCUCGGCAAUACCACGUAGUACUAAUCAACCCCGGCUUAUCCAUUAAUAAGGCAAAUAAAUCAUACUGUGACAUGUAUCUGUCUGUAAAAUGCUUUUAUUGAGCCGUGCUUUGUGGAUAUACUCGUUUUGGAGCUUUUGCCUCAAAUGUGUUCUUCAUGACUGAAAUAAAGAUUUUUUUUUGCCUCGAGGUUCGUUUCUCUGCGUCU